AUGGAGAGUCAUGGGGAUCAAACAUUGACGUAUGCUGAUCUCGCCAAGAGCCUGAAUUGCCCGAUCUGUCAGGAUAUACUGAAAUCGUUUGACAUUCAAUCGUGUGACCAUACCUACUGCCUGGAAUGUGUUGAAAAGCUGGCAGCCAUUAACGGUUUGACGUCUAACAUCAGAUGCUGUCCCUGCCAGAAUAAGACCAGUAUCCACUCCACGGGCUUGAACGAUCCAAAUCAGAACUACAAGCUCAAGUGCCUCCUCGAGGAGCAGGCAGCUAAUACGAAACAAAUUGAAGCUUUGUUCGCCGAGCAGGCAACGAAAACACUGACGAUCUGGGUGCGUGACAGGCAAGGCAAGACUGUAACCUUCAACGUUCGCUUGUCAGACACGGCAGACGCCCUCAGGCGACAGACCGAGAAAAAGUUCGGCAUCCCAAUCCAUUUACAGUAUAUGACUUGGGCGGGCAAGCAGCUGAAAGGCUCAAAGACGCUGGAGGAGUAUGGCAUGUUGAAUGAAUCUACCAUAAAAGUCGAACGUAUUCUCUUAGGAUCAUGGUAG